AUGGCGUCUGCAGAUGUGGAGUACAGAUGUUUCGUCGGUGGGUUGGCCUGGGCCACCACCGAUCAGUCCCUCGAACAAGCCUUUGCUCAGUUCGGCGACAUCAUCGAUUCGAAGAUCAUCAAUGAUCGUGAGACUGGAAGGUCAAGAGGCUUUGGGUUUGUGACUUUCAAGGAUGAGCAGUCGAUGAGGGACGCGAUCGAGGGUAUGAACGGCCAGGAUCUUGACGGCCGUAACAUCACUGUCAACGAGGCUCAGUCCCGUGGGAGCG